UCCCAAUGACACUCAUCAGUUCAACAGGCGUCAUCAUUGUCGCCGCUGUGGCCGGCUAGUGUGCAGUGCCUGCUCCACUAAGAAAAUGGUGGUGGAAGGCUGCAGAGAGAGCCCUGCUCGUGCGUGUGAUCAGUGCUAUAGUUACUACAACAAAGAUGUGCCAGAGGAGAGUCCAGGACAACCGGAAGCACCAGACAGCUCCAAGAGUGAAAGUCCUCCAUACUCAGCCGUGGUGAGAGUCCCCAAAGCAGCUGAGGUGGAAUGGAUUUUGGAUCUGAAUGAGGAGGAAAACGAGCUGGUGCGGAGUGAAUUUUACUAUGAGCAGUCCCCCAGCGCCUCCCUGUGCAUUGCCAUCCUGAACCUGCACCGGGACAGCAUUGCCUGUGGCCACCAGCUGAUCGAGCACUGCUGCAGGCUGUCCCAGGGCCUCACCAAUCCCGAGGUGGAUGCAGGGCUGCUCACAGACAUCAUGAAGCAGCUGCUCUUCAGUGCUAAGAUGAUGUUCGUCAAAGCCGGCCGGAGCCAGGACCUCGCUCUUUGUGACAGCUACAUCAGCAAGGUGGAUGUGCUGAAUAUCUUAGUUGCUGCUUCUUAUCGCCACGUGCCACCUCUGGACCAGAUCCUGCAGCCGGCUGCAGUAACCAGGCUAAGGAACCAGCUUUUGGAAGCUGAGUACUACCAACUGGGUGUUGAGAUCUCCACAAAGACUGGCCUCGAUCCCACUGGAGCGUGGCACGCUUGGGGCAUGGCCUGCCUCAAGGCUGGGAACCUCACUGCUGCACGGGAGAAGUUUAGUCGCUGUCUGAAGCCUCCUUUUGACCUCAAUCAGCUGAGUCAUGGCUCAAGACUGGUACAGGAUGUGGUUGAAUACCUGGAGUCCACAGUGAGGCCACUCCUAUCCUUGCAAGAUGAUGAUUACUUUGCUACCUUGAAAGAACUGGAAGCUACCCUUCGAACCCAGAGCCUCUCCCUGGAGGUGAUUCCUGAAGGGAGGAUCAUGAACAACACCUCCUACCAAGAAUGCCUCUUCUACCUGCAUAACUAUAGCACCAACCUGGCCAUCAUCAGCUUCUACAUGAGGCACAGCUGCCUGCGAGAAGCCUUGCUCCACCUCCUCAACAAGGAGAGUCCUCCAGAAGUCUUCAUAGAAGGCAUUUUCCAGCCAAGCUAUAAAAGUGGGAAGCUACACACUUUGGAGAACUUGCUAGAGUCCAUUGAUCCAACCUUAGAGAGCUGGGGAAAGUAUUUGAUAGCUGCCUGCCAACAUUUACAGAAGAAGAACUACUACCACAUUCUAUACGAGCUGCAGCAGUUUAUGAAGGACCAAGUCCGGGCCGCCAUGACCUGUAUCCGGUUCUUCAGUCACAAAGCGAAGACUUACACGGAACUGGGAGAGAAGCUCUCAUGGCUGCUUAAGGCCAAGGACCACCUGAAGAUCUACCUCCAAGAUACCUCCCGCAGCAACCGAAGGAAGAAAACCACCUUCUUCCAAAAGAAGAUGACUGCAGCUGAUGUAUCAAGGCACAUGAAUACACUUCAGCUGCAGAUGGAAGUGACCAGGUUCUUACAUCGGUGUGAAAGUGCUGGGACCUCGCAGAUCACCACCUUGCCUCUGCCAACUCUCUUUGGAAAUAACCACAUGAAAAUGGAUGUUGCCUGCAAGGUCAUGCUAGGAGGGAAAAAUGUGGAAGAUGGUUUUGGAAUUGCAUUCCGUGUUCUGCAGGACUUCCAGCUGGACGCCGCCGCCACCUACUGCAGAGCUGCCCGGCAGUUGGUGGAGAGGGAGAAAUACAGCGAAAUACAGCAACUGCUCAAGUGUGUCAGUGAGUCAGGCAUGGCGGCCAAGAGUGAUGGGGACACCAUCCUCCUCAACUGCUUGGAAGCAUUCAAGAGAAUUCCACCCCAGGAGCUAGAGGGCCUGAUCCAGGCGAUACACAGUGAUGACAACAAGGUUCAGGCCUACCUGACAUGUUGCAAACUGCGUUCUGCCUACCUGAUUGCCGUGAAACAAGAGCACUCACGCGCCACAGUCCUCGUCCAGCAGGUGCAGCAGGCCGCCAAGAGCAGCGGGGACGCAGUAGUGCAAGACAUCUGCACACAGUGGCUUCUGACGAGCCACACCCGGGGUGCCCACGGCUCAGGCUCCAGGAAGUGACCAUGGGCAGCGGGGCCUGAAUACUGUGGAACAGGAGAGAUGGAGAUGAUCUCUACCUCUUUCCUCCUGUGCAGUGGGACUUCCCUGGCUCUGCCCCAGGUCGGAAAGAGCUGGAUUGGACCCUACUUGCCAUCUUGGGCAAGGAUAGGACCUUUCACGCCACGCAAGUGCCAUGUUUCUGUAAAAUUGUGGAAUCUGUAUGUUUGUCUGGAGAUGGCCAGUUCUUUCUACCUCAGAGUGAGUGAGUGUGCGUGCACUCUCCUGUGCACUCAUGUUUACGCCUAAGCAUUUCUGAACAAACAAAACAACCCCCCCACCCCCCACCAAAAAGAGGCACUUUUACUUUAGACUUCUGCCAGUCUGAAAACCUUCCCUGCGUUUUGGUUCUUAACCCGGGUCAUCCUAUUUGUAUGCAGUUCCCUCCGUGUGGAGAUGCUCAGUAGCUCCUCAUAACUAGAAGGGUUUUACAGAGAAUUCUAGAGCAGCACCAAAAGGAUUGCCUCUUAUUUCUUCCUUCCCCUCCCCAAAUUCAGAGAUGGCCUUGGGGCAAGUGCUAAUUGUGGAAUAAAACUGGUCCACGCAUGUCCUGUCACAAGCACAAGGAGUUACCAGGAAUCUUUGGAAGGUAGUGUGAACCGAAGGAUCCUCAGGUGCCAGCGUCUGAAAACUGUGGAUUCACACAGUGAGGGGGUCAGAGCCCCACACACCGGCAGGCAGGGCACCGUCACAUCCAUCCCACAGGGAGAGAAAAGUGAACCUCUCCAAACAAGAAUGCAGGAAGGUUGCCGACAAGCACAGAGCUGGCUUCUGCGAAUAUCCCUGCCACAAAGAGAGAACACGGCUCCCUAGUCGAGAGUGAAGAGAGAAAUGGUAGCCACGAUCCUAGGACUAAAAUGGCUAGACUGCCUGUUUGAAUUACAGUCCUAUUUGUGCCCCUUUAAAAUGGUUAGGAAACUGCUUCCUCUUCUCUCCUGCUUCUCCACAGUCUCAGCAGGACCACAAGAUGAAGACGCAGAGGCCCAGGGUCAUUGAGAGGGUGGUGCACUUCUUUGUCUUCACAGAGGGAGUCAUGGGUUGGGCCUGUGGAUAAGAGUCAGAACAAGGGGACAAUGAAUAGGUCCCCAUCCAGUUGGUGGAAAACCAGGUGAAGUACUCCUUUCAUACUCCCACACCAGAUGCGAUUUAGAAAGGGUCUGUCAUCCUUAAUGACUUGGAUUUGCAAAUGAGGGCCCUGAGGAAAGCUCUGCAACUCUGAGCCUCCCACCAGCCGGAGCUCAGUCUGAGGAUCUCACAUUUGUUGCUGAGACAAACAGGAACUGGAAGCCAAAGUCAGUAUCUCUGGUGCUUAGACCUAUGGAUUUCUCUCUGAACCAGGUGUUUUGAUAGUAAAAAAAUAACUAUUAUGGGCAUCUGUCAAAUUCAGAGCUUUGGUCCUAUAGAGAGGAGAAAGACUCUGCACAGAAAAUAUUAGAUCUCUUUUUGGGAGAAGUUUAACAAGUGAAGUGGUUUUUCCUUCUUUGAGUCAUAGAAUUGUCUGUCUUCCAGGAAAUGUCAUUCCCUGGCAUCUGCUUGCCCUUCAGAGUCUGCCUGUCCUCUUUGCACUGAACAUAAGCACUUUAUAUGAAUGGGUUGCAAAUCGUGCAGCUUUUAAUUUGGGAUGUUAAGACCAGAUUUUUCUGAUUUUUUUCCUCUAACUAGUUGAACUAUAAAAUAGGUAACCAUUGACUGGACUAAGAUGAGGCUAAAGGUCUUUGAGCAUCACGCUGUGGUCUCCAGGGAAAAAAAAGUACAUGUUGAAGGGUUGAAUGUUUUACUACAAGCAAGCCACAAUAAAGUGUCUAUCCUACCA